CUCGUAUUUCUAGAGUUCAAAAUGAUAGUUAUAAUUAGAAUGAGAUAGAUGAUAAAACUAUAUAAUUAUCAAUAUAAUUUUAUAACAAGAUCCUUUUUCUUUAUUUUUUUGGUCUAGAUUCUAUUAUGUGUUUUAUCAUAUUAUCUGGCUAGAGAAAAACAGAACAAACGUUUAUAAACCAAUUUCAACUCAAUUACUACUUGGGUGGAGUAUAUAUGAGGGUUAUCUGCUAUAAGGAGAACUUAUCUAUGUUAUAAUGUACUUCUCUUGAUCUAUACCCAAGAUUUUGCCUACCCGUUGAUGUGUACCAGAUUUGGGUCAAACGGCGUGAAUUCUUAUCUGUAGGUAUUGCAUUUCUCUUUGAAGUUUUGAUUGAUACGUUUUCUGGGAUUGUUGUACUUGAUUGUCUUGAACCUAUUUGAUAAAAUUACGCAGUGACAGUUUGGUCAUAACUACAACGAAAGAGCAAUUUCUAUCCUAAUUUGAAUGUUGGAAAGUAUCUAAUAGCCGUAACCAUGCUAUUAUUGUUGAAUUGUGGUACCGUGCUCUAUGAAUAUGAUGCUACUUCUCAAUGCAGGUCCAUUUUCUUUUGAUACCAUUAACUAUAAUGGGGGAUUGCCCUCGUUGGUUUUGAACUCUAACUCAUGGACAAAGGUGGCGAACAUAAUAUUCUUAGACUCACCAGUGCUUACUGGUUUCUCUUAUGCGAGAACUCCAACUGUGGAAGAGUGUACUGAUAUAGAAGCUUGUGGCUAUGCCCAUGAAUUCCUUCAAAAGUGGUUGAUUGAGCAUCCCCAAUUUAUUUCCAAUCAAUUCUACGUUGGUGGGGACUCGUACUCUGGCCUUAUAGUUCCUGUUCUAACUCAAAUCAUAGCAGAUGGUAUUGGAGCUGGUAUCAAACCUAUUAUUAAUCUUAAGGGAUACAUACUCGGAAACCCUGUAACCUCUCAUAGUGACCUCAAUUACAAGAUCCCAUAUUCUCAUGGAAUGGGAUUUAUUUCCAGUGAACUUUACAAGUCUCUGAAGAAACAUUGCAAAGGAGAAUAUUUUCGGAUUGAUCCAAAUAAUGCACUGUGUAAUCAGGGUGUUCAGGCUUUCAAUGAAUGUGUCGAUGGAAUUAAUGACAAGCAUAUUUUGGAGCCAAAAUGUGAUUUUGACUAUAUAAACCAACAGCAAUUGUUUGGCAAAAGAAGAUCUCUUGAUGAUAUAUUCAGAAAGCCAAACAAAGGUUUUAGCUGUCGUGCUGAGGAAUUCUUGCUCGUUAGUAAUUGGGCAAAUAACCCGGAUGUCCAAGAAGCUCUCCAUGUUCGAAAGGGGACUAUAGAAGAAUGGGUGCGAUGCAAUCGUCAUUUAACAACUUUCACGAUAACUGUUGUGAAUUCAGUGCCUUACCAUAAAAAUCUCAGCAUCAAAGGUUACAGAUCACUUAUAUACAGUGGUGACCAUGAUCUGGUUGUUCCCUUCCUUGCGACUAGAGCUUGGAUAAAAUCUCUAAAUUACUCCAUUGUCGAUGAAUGGAGACCAUGGAUUGUAAAUGACCAAGUGGCUGGCUACACAAAAUCUUAUUCUAAUCAAAUGACAUUUGCAACAGUAAAGGGAGGAGGCCACACGGCUCCUACAUACAGGCGCGAAGAAUGUUUUGCUAUGUUUAAAAGAUGGAUAUCUUAUGAGCCUAUAUAGCCUUUCCCAAGUUUUGCUGCUUUGUCUUGUAUAGGGGAGUUCCCUUGCUAAAAUCUCCAUUUCUUGAGAUCAUUUCCUAUUUCCCAAGUUUCAUAUAAGCUACUGAGGGGAUUAUUGCUAGCAUGUUUCCUAAAUUCUACUAUUGAAACUCAAAAUUCAAUUUAUAUGGAUCAAAAUGCAAUAUACAAGAUUUUCAAA